UGUGUGCUAUGAUGCGUUUGCUAGCACCACUCAAGGCAGGCAGUGGCCCUUUACUCCGAGCUUUUUCUUCGCUUUCGGCUGAUAACGGAACGCAAGCAGGGACACUUUUUGGCAGCCUUGGUGGAAUCGUCCACAAGGAUCUCCCCCCGCUUGUGUAUCACGAGCGCUACAGCGCGGACCCAUGGCCCCCGAAGCACAGUUUUCCCAUGUCAAAGUUCAGCGACCUCGCAGAACUUCUUGCCGAUACCAACGGCCCGCUUGGCGAUGAAGGACCGGUCGCGAUGAAGGGGGCGUUUCGUCCGAUGGACCGGCCUCCUCACAAAUGGUUCGAAGCCGUACACGAUCCUCCGUACUACAGGGCGUUUGUCGGCGGGGCAUUGGACGAGAAGGCCAUACGCAGGAUCGGCCUCCCCUACACCGAGCCUUUGGUGGAUCGGACGUUGCUUGAGGUGUCGGGUACCGUCCUGGCGGCCCGACUUGCCCUCAAGUUUGGCCUAGCCUGCAACUUGGCCGGGGGCACGCACCACGCGCACAAGGGCUUCGGGAGCGGGUACACGAUUCUUAAUGAUCUGGCGGUGGCAUCUCGGGUGGUCCAGGCAGACGGUACUGCAAGCAAGGUGACCAUCGUGGACUGUGACGUGCAUCAAGGGGAUGGCACCGCAACGAUCUUCGCAGACGAUGCUUCCGUCCGGACACUCUCAUUCCACUGCCAAGACAAUUUUCCGGCCGUGAAACCGGCCUCCGACAUUGACGUGGGGUUCCCGCCGGGAGCUGGCGAUGAGGAUUUACUCUCGGCACUACGACGGGUGCUACCGCACGAGUUCGCACAAUACCCUCCAGACCUUGUUCUGUACGACGCUGGAGUGGACAUGCAUGCCGGUGACAGGUUAGGGAAAAUGCUCAUUUCAGACGAGGGCCUUCUAGCUCGAGACUACUACGUCAUCAGCACGUGCCUCGAGAUGGGUUUACCGGUAGCCUGCGUGGUGGGGGGAGGCUACGACAGCGACCGAGAUGUGCUAGCGCGACGGCACUCGACUGUAUUCAAGGCUGCUUUUCAGGCGUGGCGAGAGUUUGAUAUGCGUACAAACUGGAGAUAACAUCCGACCCUCCACGCCUUAGUUUAGCGUGCCCCCCUGUGACAAGACAGUCAAACUCAGGACCGGGGACAUUGUUUGACCUUCGAGAACGUAGACGUGAUGUUUUGGCCGCCCGUGUGUGUGUGCGAACGACCAUUUUGAGCCUGACUGGCGAACACGUGGCAUGGAAUUCUCGUUGGCAUACCACGUGCCAUGUGUCGGGAUGUGGUUGACUUAUCGUAUGCAGAUGUUGUUCGUGUAGGCCAUGUCUUGGUUUUGGACCCCUCACACGUGCGUGGGGAAAUGGCAUGGCGGGGUCCGACGUUACCCCCGGCCCUCCUACAAUAGUAGGGGUGCAAGCCAUGAUACUUACUGUUGUACAUAUUGCGAAUUGCAUUGGAAUAGUUUGUGAGCUUUGAUUCCUGUCCUGUUUUGCUGUCUUUCCUAUUUUGGCCCCUCGUGGUCGAGUGGGAACGAUGGGCUCAAUCUAUACGCCGUUCUCGUU